UCUUAACCCCCAGUUUUUCUUCAUUUUCUUAGAUUUUUGAUUAACUUACCGUAUGAUACAUAUCUGUGCCACUAUUUCUUCUAAAACAGUAAAACAGGCUGGAUCACAUUUUUAUUCUCUAUCAUCAUGUACUGCAUCUGUGCCCUAACAAAAUUAAAACAACGAGAACAAGUGGACAUCAGUUAACAUUCAAGACUUCUGGGAUGUGGUUUAGUUUCAAGGAAGAGUUUGAAAUUUGAAUGCAUCUUUUCAAAGAUUUGAGUCAUGGAUCUCAGGCUGAUUGUCUUUGUGCUAACAGGGGCAGUGUUCAGGGCUGCCUUGGCCCAGACUCGUCAGUACUACUUUGUGAACACGCAGCUGAACUGGACAGAUGCUCAGAGUCUCUGCAGACGUGAUUACACGGACCUGGCCACCAUAGAAAAGACAGCUGAUCUCGCUAUUGUAAACACAUCAAACUUUACUGGCAAGGCUUGGAUAGGACUUUUUGAUGAUUGGGAAAACAGUUGGAGAUGGUCUAUAAAUGACAGCAGCUUCUAUGGUGAAGGGGAGACUGCUUUUAGAAACUGGUUUUCUCACGAGCCCAACAAUGUCGAUGGAAGUGAGUACUGCGGCGAACUUGUUAGUGGAUCCUCCGGCUUAUGGAAUGACAAUGUCUGCAAGAGGAAUAGACUUUUCGUAUGCUACAAUGGAACAGUAAAUUACGCCGCGUCCUUUGUUAUUCCUGGCAUUUCACUCAACUGGACUGACUCCCAGAAAUACUGCAGGGAGAACUAUGUAGAUUUAGUCAGUAUACGAAAUCAAACUGAAAAUACCAUCAUUACAAACCUGGCAAAUGGCGCUAAUGUGUGGAUUGGUCUGUAUGGCCAGAGACAGUGGUCUGAUGGGAGCCACUCGCUGUUCCAACACUGGGUCACUGGUCAACCAAACUCAAACGCAGAACAGUGUAUCGCUGCAGGAUUCAGUGACUCAGGACGAUGGUCAGAUGAAGACUGCAGUCUCACCUUCCCUUCCAUCUGUUACAUAACAGUUCCUCCCAAUGCAGAUGUCUUCGUAGCAUCAUCACAAAAUGACAGCAUCACUUUGCAGUGGACUAAAGUAAAUGACAACAUCAGCUUUGUCCUCCAGUUCAAUGGUGCAGAGACAAACAUCAGAGCACCAGAUGGAGACGGACCAGUAACUCACACCAUCUCAUCUCUCUCUGCUGCAACUCAAUACACGUUCACUCUCUUCUCUGUGUUUAAAAACGUCAGUAGCAGUGGCGUACAACUAACAGCUGCCACUGCUCCUCAAAACCCAGAAGGCUUCAGACCAUUAACACAAGUUGACUCCAGCAUCACUUUGCAGUGGGAUAAAGUAAACAACAACAUCAGCUUUGUCCUCCAGUUUAAUGGUACAGAAACAAACAUCAGAGCACCAGAUGGAGAUGGACCAGUAAAUCACACCAUCUCAUCGCUCUCUGCUGCAACUCAAUACACGUUCACUCUCUUCUCUGUGUUUGAGAACGUCAGUAGCAGUGGCGUACAACUAACAGCUGCCACUGCUCCUCAAAACCCAGAAGGCUUCAGACCAUUAACACAACUUGACUCUAGCGUCACUUUGCAGUGGGAUAAAGUGAACAACGACAUCAGCUUUGUCCUCCAGUUCAAUGGUGCAGAGACAAACAUCAGAGCACCAGAUGGAGACGGACCAGUAACUCACACAGUCUCAUCUCUCUCUGCUGCAACUCAAUACACGUUCACUCUCUUCUCUGUGUUUGAGAACGUCAGAAGUACUGGAGUCAACAUCACUGCGGUGACUGGUCCCAGCUGUGCACAGCUAGUUUGUCCUUCUGGUACGGACUGCAUCAGUACAAAUGGGAAACCACAGUGUAUCGACCCCUGUGAGACCUACACUGUACUCAAUGAUGAGUGGCGUUCAAUAAACAACAGACAUUGGACUUUUCAUUGGGACCGGUACAUUAACUGGCAAGGAUGGUAUCGCUUGUUUCUGGGGCAAACCAGUGCUGAGAUGCCUGAUAGAUGCAUUGAAGCAUACAGAUGUGGAACUCUUGUUCCUUUGUGGAUCACAGAACCUCAUCCUACACAGUCAAAUGAAAUUGAAAGUCGCACUGUGUGUAGUGCCUGGAUUAGUUCCUGCUGCUAUUAUCCCUCACACACCAUCCAGGUCAAACGCUGCUAUGGAUACUACUACGUCUACAAACUUGUGCGGCCACCCACACUCUACGUUGGGUAUUGUGCAGCUCCUCAAAACAUUUUCAGAUCUUUAGAGCAGAAUGAGACCAGCAUCACUCUGCAGUGGGACAUCGUGAACAAUAGUCUCAGCUUUGUCCUCCAGUUUAAUGGUACAGAGACAAACAUCAGCGUACCAGAUGGAGACGGACCAGUAACUCACACAGUCUCAUCUCUCACUGCUGCAACUCAAUACACGUUCAUUUUCUUCUCUGUGUUUGAGAACAAUACAAGGAGCGGAAUCGAACUAAAAGCUGUUACUGCUCCUCAAAACCCAGAAGGCUUCAGACCAUUAACACAACUUGACUCCAGCAUCAAUCUGCAGUGGGAUAAAGUAAACGACAUCAGCUUUGUCCUCCAGUUCAAUGGUGCAGAGACAAACAUCAGAGCACCGGAUGGAGACGGACCAGUAACUCACAUAGUCUCAUCUCUCUCUGCUGCAACUCAAUACACGUUCACUCUCUUCUCUGUGUUUGAGAACCUCAGAAGUACUGGAGUCAACAUCACUGCGGUGACUGCUCCUUUGAAUGCAAAAGGCUUCAGAUCAUCUGACCACAAUGAGACCAGCAUCACUCUGCAGUGGACUAAAAUAAACAGCAACAUCAGCUUUGUCCUCCAGUUUAAUGGUACAGAGACAAACAUCAGUGCACCAGAUGGAGACGGACCAGUAACUCACACAGUCUCAUCUCUCACUGCACAAACUCAGUACACGUUCACUCUCUUCUCUGUGUUUGAGAACCUCAGAAGUACUGGAGUCAACAUCACUGCAGCUACUGCUCCUCAAAACCCAGAAGGCUUCAGACCAUUAACACAACUUGACUCCAGCAUCAAUCUGCAGUGGGAUAAAGUAAACGACAUCAGCUUUGUCCUCCAGUUCAAUGGUGCAGAGACAAACAUCAGAGCACCGGAUGGAGACGGACCAGUAACUCACAUAGUCUCAUCUCUCUCUGCUGCAACUCAAUACACGUUCACUCUCUUCUCUGUGUUUGAGAACCUCAGAAGUACUGGAGUCAACAUCACUGCGGUGACUGCUCCUUUGAAUGCAAAAGGCUUCAGAUCAUCUGACCACAAUGAGACCAGCAUCACUCUGCAGUGGACUAAAAUAAACAGCAACAUCAGCUUUGUCCUCCAGUUUAAUGGUACAGAGACAAACAUCAGUGCACCAGAUGGAGACGGACCAGUAACUCACACAGUCUCAUCUCUCACUGCACAAACUCAGUACACGUUCACUCUCUUCUCUGUGUUUGAGAACCUCAGAAGUACUGGAGUCAACAUCACUGCAGCUACUGGUAAGAUAUUUACCUGUUAACACUGUCAUGGUUAGGUUGUUUUAGGACCCAAGUGCAGGAGACAGAGGGAGGCUGGAGGCAGUAGUUCUCAAAAACAAGGGGUUUAUUCCAAAAAGGCAAAACAAGGCGCUGCAAAGCAGGAUGAACAAAAAACCAGGAUCAAGAAAAAGGUACGAGGAGACAUGGAGGAAGACA